AUGGGUGAUUCUGACUUAACUUAUGGAUCAUCCCUCAAUGUAGAUUCUAUAAAGGUGAUAUCUGAAAGCGUUGGCAUAGCAAAUCUUGGGGAUGAUGCUGCUAAGGAACUAGCAGAUGAUGUCUCCUUUAGAUUAAAAGUAAUUGUUCAAGAUGCUAUGAAAUUUAUGCAUCACUCAAAAAGACAAAAACUUUCUAUUACAGAUAUAGAUAAUGCUUUAAAAAUAAAAAACACUGAAGCCCAGUAUGGUUUUGUGCAGCCUGACUCAUUGCCGUUCAGGUUUGCCUCGGGUGGUGGUAGAGAGCUGCAUUUUAUAGAGGAGAAAGAAAUUGAUUUAUCAGAAAUACUGUCAGCCCCACCACCAAAAGUGCCUCUUGAUGUCUCUUUGAGAGCACAUUGGCUUAGCGUUGAUGGAGUUCAGCCAACUGUUCCCGAGAAUCCUCCACCAUUGUCCAAAGAGGCACAAAAAUUGGAGUCGGUUGAUCCUGUUUCUAAAUUAAGCAAACCUGCCAAUAAAGAUUCAGCAGGAAAACCAGUUAGUGGUAAAGCAGCUAGGCUUAAAGCCUCAGAAUCUGUCCAUGUUAAACAACUUGCAACACAUGAGCUUAGUGUGGAACAACAGUUAUAUUAUAAGGAAAUCACAGAAGCGGGUGUUGGCAGUGAUGAGGGACGGAGAGCUGAAGCCCUGCAGUCACUGGCAUGUGAUCCUGGCUUACAUGAGAUGUUGCCAAGGAUGUGUACAUUUAUAUCAGAGGGAGUAAAAGUCAAUGUUGUCCAGAAUAACCUGGCUCUACUUAUUUAUUUGAUGAGAAUGGUGAAAGCAAUGUUGGACAAUCAAUCACUUUAUUUAGAAAAAUAUCUUCAUGAAUUGAUUCCAUCAGUCUCAACGUGUAUAGUGUCCCGACAGCUGUGCACGCGGCCAGAAGUUGACAACCACUGGGCGCUCCGGGACUUCGCCGCUCGACUGAUGGCACAGUUGUGCAAAACAUUUAAUACCUCUACUAAUAAUUUACAAACAAGAGUUACAAGGUUGUUUGCAAAAGCCCUGCAAUGUCCAUCACAAACAAACAACGAAAGCGGACCGUCAAUGGUCGCUUCUAUGAAGGAAUCUGAGAAGACUCCAUUAGCCUCCCUGUAUGGAGCAGUUCAAGGUUUAGCCGAGUUGGGUCCUGAGGUGGUGAAGGUGUUUAUCCUGCCUCGUGUAAGAUGGUUGGGCGAGCGUGUUGAGGGUGCACUAGGUGGCGCUGCGGGCGCUGAUCGUGUAGCGGCCAGUAACCUUAAACACCAGUUACUCAAGGUGUUGGCUCCAGUAGUGCGACAGCUUCGUCAACCGCCCGACCUUCCUGAUGACUACAAACGCGAGUACGGCUACCUGGGUCCUAGUCUGCAGCAGGCUGUGAGCAAGUUACGCACGUCUCCGACAGGUGGCGGCGGUGGUGGCGCGGUGGCCGUGUUGCCGUGCACCCCGCCGCUACUACCACACCCGCCAUCACCCGCGCCACACGCAAAGUCCAUUGAGUCAAUAUCGACCCGUAACGUAGUGAUAACAUCGGGCGCCCCCUCCCCCGCGCCCUCAACACCUCCGCCGCAGAAAUUCGUCAUUGUAGCCUCGCAACAGAAGACGCAACAGAACCAGCCAGCCAGUGGGUCGGGUCACAUAGUAGUUCACAGCUCGCAGCCUACAAUCGUCCGCAGUCAAAAUGUACAGUCGGUGGUGGUGACGAGCGGGCCGGCCGGAGCUCAGCCGCCGCAGAAGCUGGUGGUGGUGGGGGUCAACCCUCUGCACGCGGCACACUCACAACACUCACCGCUGCAGGCCACCACCACGGGCUCGAGCGUCAGUCAGGCGCCGGUGUCAGUGGUCGCCAAGCCGGUGUUCGCGCGCGGCGGCUCGGCCCCGCAGCCCCCGCCGGAGCUGGACGACCUGUCGCACCUCGCUUGA